UCCCACCCAGGCCACACCACAGUCCAAUACCUCUUCGAUUGUAAAACUGAGCUAAAACCCUAAACUCAAACAGAAAGUUCCACACUCUAAUAAAUUUCCAGGAAAUCAAAUUGGAGUACCUGAAUUUGUGUGAAAAUGGUGGUUCGAAUAAGACUAGCUCGUUUUGGUUGUAAAAACAGACCAUUUUAUCGAGUCCUUGCUGCUGAUAGUAGAUCUCCAAGAGAUGGAAAACAUCUCGAAGUUUUAGGUUAUUACAAUCCGUUACCUGGGCAGGAUGGUGGUAAGAGAAUGGGUCUUAAUUUUGAUAGAGUCAAAUACUGGUUAUCAGUUGGUGCCCAACCAUCAGAUCCUGUUCAACGUAUUCUCUUCAGAGCUGGAGUAUUACCUCCACCGCCAAUGCUUGUCAUGGCACAUAAAGGAGGACCCCGUGAAACACGCCCUAUUGAUCCUUUGACUGGUCGUUUUGUAACUCCAAAAGAACUUAACAACAGUGAUCAAUCUACAAGCUCCGCAAGUGCUGAGAACAAGUCAGAUGUUUAAAAGUCAAAUCCAUGAAUACCUCAAGAAAACUACGUCUUUGUGUCCUAUUUUGGGCGUUCAAGCCAAAUUAUUCUUUGUGUCCUAUUUUGGGCGUUCAAGCCAAAUUAUUCCUGCCCGUGCUACAAGAAAGCGAAGCUGCUAUUGACUCGUUCAGUUUCACUUUUGUCAGGGUAGAGAAAAAAUGUAAUCUUGUUUUUAAAAAAAGAGAAUAUAGCACACAUAUGACCUUUUUUGCAGAGGAGUUUAGCAAGAAUUUGAUACCUUCCUCCAUAUAUAAGGUUUAAUCUUUCCGACUUUUGAACUGUCAUGUUGAUUCAUAACAGGAUAUGGCCAUGUGUGAGGAAUAACUGUGUGUUCCUUUUCUGGUUU